AUGCUUGCUAGAUGGGCCAAGUUAGUAUCUGAUAGACAAUUGCUAAAAUACAGACCGCAGAGGUUGCCGGGAAAACUGGAUAAUGUCAUCAUAGCUAUGUCUUCUGGAGUCGAUUCCUCCGUAGCGGCGGCGCUAUUUGCUGGUGAAUAUCCCAAUGCUCGAGGAAUUUACAUGCAAAAUUGGUCCAAGUCGCAGUCUCUGACAGAUCCAAAAGAUGAUCCUUGUUAUGAGAGAGAUUGGAAAGAUGUGGUCAAAGUUUCAGAACACUUGAACUUACCUGUGGAAAAGGUCAAUUUUGAGCAGGACUACUGGAUCGACGUGUUUGAGCCCAUGCUAGAGGGCUAUAACAAGGGCUGGACGCCUAACCCUGAUAUCUCGUGUAACAAGUUUGUCAAGUUUGGGAAACUCAUACAGCACUUAAAUUCGAAAUAUGGGAAUGACAAUUAUUGGCUUGUGACAGGCCAUUAUGCAAGAAUAAUGGAAAGCGAGCUUGACAAAGAGGCCCAUCUUCUGAGAAGUUUUUACCCCCAAAAAGACCAAAGCUACUACUUAUCUCUGGUCGAUCCCAAAAUCCUGUCGAGAUUAUUGUUCCCUAUCGGUCAUUUGACCAAACCUGAGGUACGACAGCUCGCUAAGGAGAUUGCCUUGCCUUCUGCUAACAAACCUGACUCCCAAGGAAUUUGUUUCGUUAACAACUCUCAGCAUGGUAAAUUCAAGAAUUUCUUGGAGCACUAUUUAGUCGAGUCAAAGGGCGAUAUAGUUACUCUCGACCAAGGCAAAAAGCGAAAAUGGGGAGAACACAAGGGUCUCUGGUCUUACACCAUUGGUCAAAAGAUCGGACUAUCAAUGCCACAAGGAGACCCCAAAUACGCCGGUACUUGGUACGUUAGCGAGAAGCUUCAGGACUCCAAUGAGCUAGUAAUUGUCCAUGGCUCCAACAAUCCAGCAUUAUACAAGGAUACACUUCAGGUGCAAGAUUUCACCAUUCAGGGAAACAAGAAAAGUCUCCUUAAGUCGCUAAUGCACUCCGCAGUACUCGAAGGUCGACUUACAAUGCAGUAUAGAUCGUUGCAAGAGCCAAUUCCCAUCACUGCGUUCGACCUUUCGGACAAGAAAGUACUGAACUUGAAACUCACCGCCAAGCAGAGAGCUAUGGCACCGGGCCAAAACUGCUGUCUAUACAUUGGAGAUAGAGUUCUGGGCAGCGGAACCAUCAGAGAAGUAGCAUAG